GCCUCGUUCCCGCAGCACAUCCCAGCCCACACGAGUCCUAGAGGUGCAGAGUUGACUUGCAUUCUCUUGACAAAGACUUGGUCCUUCCCCUCGAUCCGACGCGCCCUGAUCCUUUUCGACAAGUCAGAAUGGGCAUCACAGAUUUCUUCUCGGACCUGAUGAGUUCAGUGUCCUUUGUGCAAGAGGUCCACGCCGAAGCUCCUGCCGACGACAACGACGACUCCAACGAAGGCGGCGAGGAGGAAUCCAAGGACGAAGAGGGUGGUGACGACAAGGAAGAAGGAGGAGACGACGAGACUGGCGAAGGCGACGAAGAAGAAGAAGAGGAGGAGGAGGAGGAAGAGGAGGAACCUGUAGACCCCAAGCCAAAGUUGGAAGAGGGUACGUUCCAUCAUUCGCGCCGACGCCGGAUGUACACAAUGGCGGCAGUUCAAAAGAUACCGACAUGCUAACCCUUUUCCCUUGCGUUCCCGUAGACUGCGCCCGAUCCGCCCAAUGUUCAGGUUACAAGCACCACUACGACGAGUGCGUUGAGCGUGUCACGGCCGCAUCCGAGGACGCAGAUCACAAGGGACCCAAGGAGGAUUGCGUCGAAGAAUACUUCCACCUCCAGCAUUGCGCCACGCAAUGUGCUGCUGCCAAGCUCUUCAAGCAACUGAAGUAAGCCUCCCUCUUGCGACCACUCGACGCCACUCCCUCCCUUUUUCCUCCGGUUCGAAACCUUUGCGGAACGAUGCGGAAAGGACAACAUGAGGGAGACGGGAGGAUCGUUGGUCAGUCAAGAAGAAUGAACCCUUGUGUGCGUGAUGAGUGCGAGUCCAAGUGGGAAUCUAGAUCAAAUCCCUCGUUACGUUUCGACAUGAUACACUGAAGAUGGCACUUGUUGCGUGUGCUUGGGAACCAGCGGCGGCGGUGUUUUCGGUGCCGGGGGACAACCGUUUCUCAAGAACCUACCUACCUACCUGGUACAGUAUUUGACAAAACAAAAGCACCACUGAGACAAUCCACAUACUUUGACCCCCCUUGUACAGCUACCUAUCUACUUGUCAAAUAAGAAGAAUCCAUCAGAAAUACAAUACAACUGAAAAGACUUUGGUUUUGUUGCACACACUGAAUCUUCUCACCAGACGUUCCGUACCGAAGGAGUAUCCGUAGAAAGCGUGGUGACAUACCUUAUAUCUAUCUAGGAUCCCUGCACAACACUCUCAAAGAGCCAUUUGCUCAGCAAGAGUCUCUGGUUGGCUUCUCCUUAUGCUGAUCACGUGUGGAAAUAGCACAUCAAAGACAACGGGCGCAGGCAAACAGAGGCUCAAAGCACAACACAUUAGCGAGCACGUCCACAUCCCUUCAGGAAGCAUGUCGCCAACUCUUCACAGGUUUCUGAUAAGGGGAGAAACAAUGAUCCUAUGACACAAAUCAAAGCCUCCUCACUCACACCGCCCAGAUCCAUCGAAUCGAUUUGACUCCCACCGCAGGCCGAAACAAUGCUUUGAUGCUCUCGGGCGCAAAAGAAGGAGAAGAAAAUGAAGACAGUGGAAUAAACCAAAAACAGGCAAGAGGCAUCUACUGGCAAUCUUCACGCUUGAGAGAACUCCAUGCGGGCCCAAGCUCAAUGAUGUCCACGGGAGACACCGCCCAUGAUGCUCCUCUUUCAAGAGCACUCGCCCCUACAAAAGUCACAAUUCCAGGAACAGAACAGACUCGGCGAACCUCGGUCUCACGAGCUUCAAUAUUAUGAGCGUCCAUCCUCCGCCUAGACAACCAAUGCGCCAAUGCAAACGAUAGCAGAACCAGCGAAUACCUUCGAUGGACACAGCCUCAGACGCUCAUGCAAACAUUGGCACAGAAACUGUGCAGAUCAUACCUAGCAAAGAGUCGAAAUCUGCGGCAUAACUCCCGAGGCCUUAAAGGAGGCGAUGAACCCUAGAAACACCAUACUAUCGCAGCCAGAUGGAUAGCCCACUAGAUCGACUUUUCUCGGGAGACUCACACCCAAGUCGAAGAGCACGAGAAAUGCUAAACAAGCACACCGUCUAGCCGCGGGUGACGCCUACGACUAAACACGACCACGCCGGCAGAGGACGCUAUCAGGGAACAGGCUACCAUCGAUUUCCCAGCACUGUGUUUCUACCAGGGGGGAAGAGGAAAAUGAUGUUCAUAUUGGCGCCAACUGUAUGUCCAGGGUACAUGCGUUGACGAAAGGCAUCAAGAAUCACACGGGAACGUCAAUCAUGUUGACGGCGUCCAGUGCUGGACGGAUGUUGACUGAACCGGGAGGGACCACGGGGCGUGUGAUGUAGAAGACAGGACCUACGGUUGGUAACCUUUGUCUUCCCACGGACUGGUAUUGGCAUUGUAAUGUAUGUGAGCUCCAUGUGCAGAUGGACUAGGAGGGCAUUUGGAUCAAGGAGCUCGAGGAGGGUUGGCCUUUGUGAGAACUUGGACCGACAACAUCAAGAACCUUUGUGAUUCGAAACAGUUGGGCCACCUUGAUAUUCUUGGACUAUGUGUCUAGCGAUCUUUAUUCAUUCAACACCAUUGCAGUUAUGAUUCCCUUCAAGAGUAUUAACUAUACCCGCAGCCACACAGUGUUGGAAGACGUCGCUGUCUUCCAAAAGAAGCCCUGAUAGCUAAUUGUCGAUAUACUCGACUGGAG